GAGAGCGAGACCUUUGCACAGUCUAUCCUGUUAUUCCUGUGCCAGCUCCAGCAUGCAUCUCUGCCUGCGUGUUGUUUUGUGGCUUCGUGUCUGACUGCAUGUCUCUCAGCGAUCUGCAGCUUCGGCCUCUCGUGUCUCGACCCUUUCAGCGCUGCACCACACUGGAUUGUUAGGACCAGCCUUCAAUCUGGAGGGAAAAGUCGAUUCCGGCAGGGGGGAUGCAGGUGGUGGGGAAGCCGGGUCCCUCAGUCCCAGUCCUGCUGCUCUACCAUUGACCCAGAUUGAGAGCCCUGCACAAAGUGAAAGCCUGUUGGCAGAGUCCUGGUCCACAAUGGGCGACGUGGAGAGCCUCAAUAGCAGCGAUGGAGCGGCUCUAGCUGGCGAGGAGAACCACUCAUCCAAUUCUGACAUGGUCCACCUGGAGUGUGAAGAAGAUGAGAUGAUGGAAGAGGCAGAAAAUCUCAGAGCAGAGGCCCCUGAGGAGCACAGAGUGAGAGAAGAUGAAGAGAUGCACACCAGCGUGCUGCAAGGAUUCGGUCAGGAGAGUGAGGAGGAGCAAGGCCUCCAGGCUCAAGACGUGGGGGAGCUCCUGGUUUUAGCUGAGGAGCUUCCCGUGGAAACACAGAUCAGAAAGGUGGUUCCCACGAAGGUCCUGAUGCCCAUACCCAUCGUCAAGCUUGCUCCCCCCUCUGAUACAUCCACCCCCCUUCCUUCAUCCACAACAUCUGAAACAGAAGAGCCUUAUUCCAUUCAGGGUCUUCAUCCUCCGCCCAUUUUGACACAGAUGACAUCAGACAGCCAAACUCUCAGACAACCCACAGUCUCACAGGCUCAUUCUGUCAAAGAAUCUGAGAUGUCCCCACAGAAGACUGGUCCCAAAAUGCUGAGCUCCUCUGAGAUGAUGUGUGGAGGCGCCGUUUUAGUUGCUGUGUUGGGAGUCGUUGCAUAUGGUGCCAUGACGUACUGUAGAAAGUAGAAAAA